AUGUUGGGCUCUGCCUCAGUGACGGCUUGGCGCAUGCGGGUCACUUUAGCAGUGGCCCUGCAACUGUUCGUGGGGGCACUUGAUCCUCUUGAUGCAGAGCCCCCGCCUGUUGAGAUGCCCCAGCGUGAGUCAAACAAGGAGUCGGGCGACAUCGUUGCACUUCGUCUUUUCAGUCCUGUGCGGUCUACAACACAGGAAGCUAUCAAAGCCGAGGUUAUUGCCGCCGAGGCAGCAUUGGAGAUGCGGGCUGAAGUUGAUGGUCUGCCGGUAGUCUAUGAUUCCCCGGCCGUGUCAAUCUCUCUCCGAAGAGUUAGCCCAGAUGCUUUAAUGCAAAACGGGGCAGAAGUUGAAGCUCCUGAUGGUGCCUCUGUUAAGAUACCGGCAGAUCCCCGAAUCAGGGGCCGACACGGUGGUCCGGUCACAGUGACGGUGACCAGCUACCAUGCUGGCGACGCUGUCAAGGAGAUGCCGAAGGUAAAGUAUGGAGCACAGCAGCAGAUGCGAGCUGAUCCAGAUCUCAACACUGAACACAAUUCAAGCCCUGAAGAACAGGCGAACGCGUCAAACCAGACCCAAAAUGGGACCAAAAAUGAUCGUGUCGAUUUCUUUAUGACGAAGACCAGCGUUAGCUGGCGAGGCACCGUCGAUGUGAAAGUGCCUGGCUUAUCAGCUCAGGUUCCUGCACACGAUCGCCCUUGGACUCCUUAUGGCGAGAGCGUACUUUAUCCUGAAGAGAAAGCAGGAGUUCGGGAAGAAUUGGAGCGCCUGGCAGCGUUGCAAGACAAUGAUGCAAGGCUGCGCGGAUGCCGUAAGCUGGCAAGACAGUGGCAUCCAGACAAGCAUCCACCUGAAGACCGUGAGAAGGCCACCGAAAUCUUUGAGUACAUGCAGGAACUGCGUUUGGCCUUGGGCUUGUCGGUGAGGGGCCAUGGAGAAGACUCUCAGUCGUAG